AUAUCUGACUUCUUUUAUGAUGUAUGUGUGUGUAAUGUGUGCUUCCCUGCACAGUGGAUCAUACUGCCAGGGAAAACACAGCUUUCUUUUUUAAAAGUUUUGGGAAAAAAACACAAAAACAAAUAUAAAUUGAAAGAAAUGGAUUGGAUAGGGAUAAGUAGAGGGAUUCUAGUUAGUAAGCUAAGCUAUACCCUAUCCUUUCAAAAAACAAAAAGUAGCAGGAGACUGACUAGGAACCCAAGCCAGUCCAGGACCUUUCAGACGUUGUUGUUUAGGCAGAAACAGCUCACAAAAGGGACAGAAAGGCAGCAGACAGAGGUGUAUAUACUGUUUCUACAUCCCUCCCCCCAAGCACUGUGAUUGGAAGAGGACUCAGAGAGAGAUCGCAGUCACUGGAUAGCUAGAGAUGUUAGUCCUUCUCCCCCAGUCCUCCUCCAUCUUCUCAGUUUCUAUUCUCCUGAAAGACCAUCUCCAAAUCUUUUCUGAAUUGAUUCAGAGCCCCGAAUUGAUUCAGAUGUUUUUUGUCUCCUGAUUCGAUUCAGAUUCGGCCUCUGAAUCAGGCUGAAUAUUCUCCCAAUUGAAUCAUGGACUGAAGCUUCACAUAGUCCUAGUGCUUACACAGUGUUCCCUGGCCUUCCCCUCCCCAGCCUGCCCUCCCUAAUCUGGUUUCUUUUUGUUUAUGACAGAAAAAGGCAGCAGCUGAGAGGCACAAGAUUGUGGCUGAAUUUGAGCAACUGCACUGGUUUCUGAAGGAAAAAGAGUAUCUGCUAUUGGCCAAGCUGGAAGAGCUGGAGGGGGAGAUUGAGAGGAGUCAGGACAAAAAGGCGACCAAACUCACUGGAGAGAUUUACGAUCUGGACAGCCUGAUCAGGGAGCUGGAGGGAAAGUGCCAGCAGGGAGCCAGUGAUCUUCUGCAGAUGGGGAAGGACAUCAGGAUCACAAUGAGCAGGUGCGAGAAGGGGCAGGUCCAGCUGCCAGCAGAGAUUUCCCCAGAAAUAGAAACAAGACUCGAGAACUUGUCUGAAAAAACUCUAACUGUAAAGGAGACUAUGAGGCAGUUUCAAGAGGUUCUGCCAUCUAAGCUGGAGAAGGGCAGAGAGAAACCACAGGGACAGCCCAGAAAGGUGACGGUGACUUUGGAUCCAGACAUGGCUCAUCCCUGUCUCAUUGUGUCUGCGGAUCGGAGAAGUGUGAGAUCGGCAGAAACACAGUAUUGGCUGCCCAACAGUCCUGACAGAUUUCAUGUGAACCAGUGUGCGCUGGGCCGUGAGAGAUUCAUGUCAGGGAGACACUGGUGGGACGUGAAGGUGGAGGUGGGGGAAUGGUGGGCCGUGGGGGUGGCCAGAGAGUCUGGGAGGAGGAAGGGAGAGAUCAGAUAUAGCCCCGAGGAGGAGGUCUGGGGUGUGCUGUGCUGGGGGGGUGAGUUCUUUGCUCUCACUCCUCUUGUUUUCGUCUCCCUGUCCCGGUGCCGGGUGCCCAGCAGGGUGCGGGUUGCUCUGGACUGUGAACAGGAGCAGGUGUCGUUUCUUGAUGUUGACACCAAGGCCCUGAUCUUCACCUUGCCGCUGGACUCGUUCACUGGGGACACAAUCUGGCCCUGGCUCUGGGUCUGCGGGGCAGGAUCCAAGCUCAGACUGUGCCACUGAGUGUGUGCGUGGGGUGGGGGGAGGAAAGCCCAGGGAAUGAAACGUCCCACAUCGGGAAAUGAGCCAUUCUGGCUUCCUAUUCUCUGACCCCAGAUGAACCCCCUCUCCCAGCCCCCGUCCCCUCCUCUAUGUCCCUGGGAGCUGCCCAGGUGAAAGGUGCCGUCUGCACAGACAAGCCCGUCCCAUUGCAGCGGGUGACCCCAGGCCGGUCUGCCCCUACACUCGGUGGCUCUGGAGAACUCGAGCGAGGCCACCAGAAUGGACACUUAGGGACGUUGCCAGCUUUGGGGCCACCACCCCCUCCAGUGCCAGCAGCUUGAGCUGGUUUUUCAUGUGCAGAAAAGGCCCCUGGACUGGGGGUUUCUAAGCUGGAAGAGUUUCACUCAGGGCAGGCACCUUCCUGCCUCCGGCUCCUCUAACACCACCAGUUCCCUUGUAUAGCCCAGCCAUGGGCCCCUGGUGGUUUCUCAUCCACAGAAAUCUCAAUAAACAUCUCAACUGGCUUUGUC